AUGAUAAUUACAAAAUAUUAUAAAUCAGGAAAUCUUUCAAAUUAUAUAACUAAUGAUUUUUUUAAUAUUAGUUGGCAUGAUAAAUUAAUUAAAUUACUUCAAAUUAUAAGUGGCUUAAAAAAUAUACAUUAUGCGAAUAUUAUUCAUAAAGAUUAUCAUAGUGGAAAUAUUUUUAUAGAUUAUCUUGCUAUAAUAAGUGAUUUAGGAAUAAACCAAUCUGCGAUUGAUAAUAGUGAGAUUUAUGGUGUCAUUCCUUAUGUUGCUCCAGAGGUUUUUCAAGGUCAAAAAUAUAUUAAAGCAUCUGAUAUAUAUAGUCUCGGUAUGAUUAUGUGGGAAUUAAUGAAUGGUAGAAAACCUUUUUGGGAUCAAAAUCAUGAUAUAAAUCUUAUUAUUGAAAUAUGUAAUGGUUUUCGUCCUCCAAUUGUCACAAAUGCACCUGAAGGUUAUAUUGAAUUAAUGCAAAAUUGUUGGCAUUCUGAUCCAAAUAAAAGACCAACAGCUAGUGAUAUAUUUAAAAUUGUUGAAAAUAUUAUAUUCAAUGAAUCUAAAAUAAGUUGUUUUAAUCCAACUAAAAUUAUUUAUUCACCAAAUAUUGGACCUGUAACAACAUAUAAUCCAGGUGCUAUCUAUAAAAGUAGAUUACUAAGUGAAUUGAUAGGAUUAGUAAAAUCUACAUUAAGUAAUCAAAGAAUGAUUUUAGAAUUUAGACAUUACCCUUCUAUUAAUGAUAAAAGAAUAUAUAGUAACUGUGAUUUGAUUGAAAAUAAUCAUGAAAAUGAUAAAAGUAUUAAAAGGAUCAAAUUAUUUGAAGACGGAAAUAAUGAUUAUUUGACUGGAUUUGAUAUUGAGAAUAAUAAUACAAAUUACAAUGUACUUAACAAUAACGGUAAGAAAUGUUUUUUAACAUAUACACUUUAAUUUAAUAAUUUAUUAAUAUCUAAAUUACAGAUUAUUAGAUCAUGAAAUAUAUAUAUAGUGUAUUAGCUUGAUAUUU